UAUGGCACUAAGUGUUAAUGGAAAACAAGAAAAUCAGCGGACUUUAGAAGAUGACGAAAAUGACGAUAUCAAACGAGAUGAAGAAUGGGAAAAAAAUAAUCUUCGAUUUGGAUGGGGUAACUGGACACCCGGGUGGCUGCAGCGUUUUAACACUAUUCGCUGGUUUGUGUUCUGGGCCUGUGUCUUCAGUUUAUUCCAGGGUUUUAUAGUUAACGGAGUAAUAAAUGCCAUUAUAAGUACUUUGGAGAAAAGAUUUGAGCUCCCAAGCUCCAAGUCGGGGCUCAUUGUAAGCUCCAAUGACUUUUUUGCUUGCUUUUUGGUGCUUGUAAUCAGCUACUAUGGUAGCCACCGUCACAAACCAAAAAUUAUUGGAAUUGGAAUUCUGACCUUGGGAUUGGGGUCAUUUGUGUUUUCGUUGCCCCAUUUCAUGACGGAAAGAUACAGUGUCGGCACUGAAGACACAAACAGUUUCGAAAAUGUUUGCCGAUUUCAAAAUGGAACGACUUCCAGUUCCUGCGAAAAAGAAAAGUCUUCCGACCUCCAAAAUUAUUUAUGGUUGUUCAUGCUUGGAAAUGCUCUUCACGGAGCAGGUUCUACGCCCAUGUUCACAUUGGGAACGACGUUCAUUGACGAGAAUACACAAGCAAAGAUGACGUCACUAUAUUUAGGAAUCGUAUACGCGGCUGCGUCUAUUGGAGUGGCGGCAGGUUAUAUGCUUGGUGGUCAGACGUUGAACCUGUUUACAGAUUUUCAUGUAGUUGAUCCUAAAAAUAUUGGUCUCUCGCCUAUCGAUCCCCGCUGGGUGGGGGCGUGGUGGCUUAGCUUCCUCGUCAGUGGAACCGUUAUGUGCAUUGUGGUUUUCCCGAUGUGUGCCUAUCCCAAACGGCUACCCGGAAGUUCCAAGCUACAAGCAGAUCGGAAAUCUGAGGCCUAUAAGGGAGAAAAGAUGGCUGACGACAAAUUCGGGAAAGACUGGAAAGCCUUCCCGUUGGCAAUGAAGAAUCUGAUAUUGAACCCGACAUUUUUCUUCCUCGCGAUCGGCACGUGCACUGAGGGCCUCAUUGUGAGCGGUACGGCAGCGUUUGGUCCAAAAUUUAUGCAGGAAAAAUUUAACCUACCAGCUGCGUUAGCGAGCUUUAUCAUGGGUAUCAUAACGGUGCCUGGAGCGGGAGGUGGCAUGUUCCUGGGAGGAUAUCUGGUCAAGAAGCUCAAACUUAAAUGUAAGGGCAUCAUCAGGAUGAAUCUGAUAUCUGCUGUGGCUGCUGCUGUAAUGGGUUGUCUGUUUCUGAUUGGCUGUCCGUCACAGCAUAUAGCUGGGGUGACAACAGAGUAUACCUCCCACGGGCAGCUUUCGAGCAAGCCAGAACUACAAAGCCAGUGUAAUGCCGGAUGCGGAUGUUCCGCCAUGAUGUACGAUCCGGUUUGUGGAAUAGACGGAUCAAUCUAUUUCACACCAUGCCAUGCCGGAUGUAACCUUGAUUUUGAUUGGCUAGAAGGUCCAAUGGGUCCAUUUAAGUUUUACAAAAACUGUUCCUGCAUCACCGCAUCCAUGAUUGCAUUGAUGAACAGUACGCCAACGUCUGGCCCGGAAGUUACGUCACAGGUACCGAUGGCACUGGAAAGCACAACUCCGAUGAAUUCCGUAAAUGUAACGGGCCCUCCCAUUGGUGCAUUCCAGGGUAUUUGCAUGUCGGACUGUAAGCUGUUCUAUUUGGUUGCUCCGUUGUUUUUCCUGGGUAUGCUGUUAACAUUUAUGACGGUAUCUCCGACUCAGACAGCCACGCUUAGGUGCGUUCCAGAAUCACAAAAAACUCUUGCCAUAGGAACACAGUGGUUACUGUUGAGGCUGUUAGGUACAACUCCAGGGCCGCUUAUGAUCGGGUCUAUCAUUGACAGCGCAUGUAAAGUAUGGCAGGAUGUGUGCGGUGAAACAGGAAGCUGUUGGAUAUACGAAAAAUCGGAUAUGGGAAUCAGGAUAUUUAUUUGGUGGUGUCUAGUGAAAUCAUGUAGUGUCGUGUGCUAUUUUCUUGCUCAGUAUUUUUAUAGAGCGCCAACUGAUAACACAGACGAACUGCCAGAAGAGCAAAAGACAAUGCACCCAAUAGAAACUCUUAACACAAGAGAAAGUGUUAUUUAAAGUGUAUGCUAUUUCAAUUUGUGACUUUUAAAAUUAGUUUUGAUAAACCAUUCAUUUUUUGGAAUCAUCCAUCGCCAACCACUGUAAUUUGUCUGUAUAUGCCUUUGAUGUAUUUUUUUAUAGUAUCUCAUGAACAUCUCUAGACGUGCUUGAUUUAGCCACAGAAAUGUGUAAUGAAGGCCAUAACACAAUUACAUCAGUCAUGGUUGAAACAUUGUAUAAAUUUCAAAGAUUAAUUCUUCAAUAAUAUUUUUCUGUUUUAAUUGAAACUUUGCUAUCGAAAUAACGAGAGGAGGGUCGAAUAUAAGUUAUACAUUUGAUUAUAUUUGUUAUUUGUUAAAGUUAUGUUAAAGUCAUCGACAUAGCUGAACUUAGAAUUUAAAACAACGCUAUAACAGUGUUUACUGCGUAUAACUUUAGCAACUAGACUAACAAGAGCUGCAGGAGAACAGCAUAGCUCGUCUAUUUAAAUUAUUUUUGUAAAAAGUGCUAAUAGUAAUUGGGCCAUUACAGGAUGUCAAAUCUUAGAUAAUAGAUCAGGAAACUAGAACUACAGUGUCGAUGGAACACUCCCGCUUUCCCUCGCAAGUAGCCCCCAACUACCUCCCUCCCCCCGAUUACCAUAUUAUGCAAAAAUAAAUUACUGUAAAAUAUAGAACUCAUGGUUAUGUUUAAUUUGAUAUGCUAAAAGACUAUAUAAACAAAAAUUGACCCCCA